AUGUUCCUGCAGCAGCAGGGGCGCAAGGCAGCAGGAGGUAAGGGAAAAGAACCCGGGGAGGCAGCAGCGCUCAAGCCUUGGGUGGAGAAAUAUCGUCCAAAGACCAUCGACGACGUUGCAGCUCAAGAACAUACUGUCAGCGUUCUACGUAAAACAUUGCUCUCUACCAACCUUCCGCACAUGCUCUUCUACGGACCACCGGGCACAGGCAAGACGUCGACCAUUCUGGCUUUGGCGCGGCAACUAUUCGGGCCCGAGCUGAUGAAGACGCGCGUUCUGGAGCUAAACGCGUCUGACGAGCGCGGCAUAUCCGUUGUGCGCGAAAAGAUUAAAAACUUUGCCAAGCUCAGCGUGACUCAGCCCAAGUCGGGGUACCCGUGUCCGCCGUAUAAGAUCAUCAUUUUAGACGAGGCGGACAGCAUGACACAGGAUGCGCAGAGCGCGCUGCGACGCAUCAUGGAGCAGUACAGUCGCAUCACGCGCUUCUGCUUGGUGUGCAAUUAUGUGACGAGAAUCAUUGAGCCGCUCGCAUCGCGGUGCAGCAAGUUCCGCUUCCGCAUGCUCAGCACAUCCAGCACCAAAGAGCGGCUGCACAUGAUUGCACGUGAGGAGAAGGUCGAGUUCGAUUCGGACGAUGUGCUCGACAUGCUCAUCUCAACGUCGGACGGCGACCUGCGCCGCGCCAUCACGUACCUCCAGUCUGCGUCGCGUCUGCACAACAGCGAUGCCGUCACGCAGCGCUCGAUCGUCGAGAUCGCCGGCGUCGUGCCUGCACAGGUGAUUGUCUCGCUCGGCCGCGCGGUUGGCGUCAGCCCGCCUCCUGGGGCAGACGGGGAUGAGGAGAUGGAUCACAUCAUGGAGGAAGCCGAUGAGGUGCCCAAGGCGGGUAUUGGUAACUCGUCACGGUUCAACGUCAUCAAGAAGCAGGUGGAGCACAUCGCUCAGGAAGGAUAUUCAGGGACGCAAGUCCUGAUUCAGCUGCAUGACUACCUCAUCUUGCAUCCGACCAUCCCAGCGCGCGCCAAGGCGAAAUGCUCGCUGCACCUCGGCGACACGGACAAGGCAUUUAUCGACGGCGGAGAUGAGGAGCUGCAUCUGCUUAACCUCUGCCUUAAGCUCGCAGCUGACCUUGCGUGA